GACACAAAAACCCCUCAAUUAGAGUCCUGGGAAGGGAAAGGAAGAGAGGGUCCUAAAGGAUGUUGAGGUGACAGGAGUUCAAAGGAGGCCAGGUGAGGUCUGAAAGGAGAGUCUGAGGUGGUGGGAGGAGCACAGCCCUGCCAGGUACCCCACAUACACCAUCCGCCUCAGCCCCAGGCUUCCUCCUCCAGUGUACUCAUUGCUCCCUCCCCUCGCACUUCAAGGUGUGCUGGACACCCACCGUAUGCUGCAGAUUUUAAACCCUUUAAGGGAAUACUGGCAAGGGGCUGCACAGGAAAAGCAAGAUCCUCAUUCAAGUGCAUAAAGUGCACCCUUGUGCUCCCGGGGGUCUAGGGUACCAGCACCAACCACCACUGCUAGUGCCCUGGCCCUGCUAUACUCGUGGGCAAACUUGCCCAGCGUGAGGGAAGGGAACCUAGGCUUUGGGGCAGGGUACAGAGCACAGGCCUUGACUGAUUUGAGGGGCAGAGCUGCAGAUCAGAAGGCCAGGGAGAAGGGGUGGGGUUUGCCUGGGCUCCUGAAGCACACUCCUGGGAAAACCACUUGAGUCAACUGCAUCCCUCUUUUAUUCCUGGGAUGGGGACUUUGUGGUCUUUUCCUCCAGGAUGCCCCAACUGAUCAGGUGCUGGGUGGUGUCCAGCCACUGUAGCCCAGGUCCUACUAGCUGCUCAGUCUUGAACUUCAGGGGACCCCCCCCAACUCCUUGGCAGCUUGGCAUGGGCAAAUUACUUACCCAUCUGUUAAAUGGGAUCCUGGGUCCUGGCCAAGGCAAACCAGAUAAAGUAAUCAUGGGUCAUGGGCUCUUCAAAGGGGUGCCCAGACACCCAAAGGCAACUCAGGAGUGGGGACUGAGGACUCAGGAGGUCAACCAAAGGCCCCACUGGAAUCCUCCCUGCCCCUCCCUUCCAGAUUAACCAAAACCUGCUAAUUGUGGCAGCCUCUGCAUGCUCCCCUCCCCCACCACCUCUUCCUCCCUUCCCUCCCCUCCCCUCCCCCUUCCAUCCGAAUGAUAAAGGGUCUGGCCGCCAGCUCAGCCCAGCCUUAGCCCCUGGCCCUGCCUCCACACUGCCACACUGCCCCACUGCCCCGAGCCCUCAACCAGGCCAGGCCUCUGCCCACGCUGUCUACCUUCCCUGCAUGGGGCCCUGCAGCGAUUCCUGCCUGGGGCCCCUGGAGGCAGAGUCGCCCUCCCAGCCCCCCAAGAGAAGGAAGAAGAGAUACCUGCGGCAUGACAAGGCCCCCUACACCUACUUGGCCAUGAUCGCCUUGGUGAUUCAAGCCUCACCCUCCCGCAGGCUGAAGCUGGCCCAGAUCAUCCAUCAGGUCCAGGCGGUGUUCCCCUUCUUCAGGGAUGACUACGAAGGCUGGAAAGACUCCAUUCGCCACAACCUCUCCUCCAACCGAUGCUUCCGCAAGGUGCCCAAGGACCCUGCGAAGCCCCAAGCCAAGGGCAACUUCUGGGCGGUCGAUGUGAGCCUAAUCCCGGCAGAGGCGCUGCGGCUGCAGAACACGGCCCUGUGCAGGCGCUGGCAGAACCAGGGUGCUCGGGGAGCCUUCGCCAAGGACCUGGGCCCCUACGUGCUGCAUGGCCAGCCCUACCGGCCGCCCAGUCCCCCACCACCGGCCUGCGAGGGCUUCAGCAUCAAGUCCCUCCUAGGGGACCCUGGGGAGGGGGCAUCCCCCUGGCCCAGGCUGGCACCACAGAGCAGCCCAACUCUGGCUGGCACAGGGAAUAGUGGGGAAGAGGCAGUGCCUACUCCACCCUUGCUCUCCUCUGAAAGACCUCUGUGGCCCCUCUGCCCCUUCCCUGGGCCCAUGAAAGCAGAGGGGGAGACUUCCCAGGGGGGAGCCAUUGGGCCCACAACCCUCUCCCCAGAGCCCAGAGCUUGGCCCCUCCAUUUAAUGCAAGAUACCCCAGGCCCCAGAGGGCUGUCCAGUGGGGGACACAGGGCCCCCAUUUGGGGGCAGCUGCCCACCUCCUACUUGCCCAUCUAUGCCCCCAAUGUGGUCCUGCCCUUGGCACCACCACCCAGCUCCUGUCCCAGGUGUCCACCUUCCACCAGCCCAGCCUGCUGGGGGGGGGCCCUUGAAACCCGAGGGCCCUCGAGGUUGCUCUGGGAUCUAGACGCCUUCUUCCAGGGGGUGCCCCCCAACAAAAGUAUCUAUGACGUGUGGGUCAGCCAUCCUCGGGACCUGGCUGCCCCUGCCCCAGGCUGGCUGCUCUCCUGGCACAGCCUGUAAGGCUCCUGCAGCAGGGCCACUGCUCCCUCCCACCCUGCCAGCUUGUUGAUGAGAACCAAGGCCACGAAGGUGUCUGCAGCUGUAGCAGCCUCAAGACACGGGCACCAGCCUUGCUGGGAGUCCACGAUGUUUAUUGGACUACUCCACAAGUGGUGUGGCCCAGCAGGGCAUAACCCUCCCCUGCCAGUCACACCUCUGCCUCCCCACACAAGGCAAGGCUAGAGAAGUAGGGCUCAGCCUGGAACAGCCCUUCCUGGCCCCACCUUCUCAGGCCAUCGCCCAUCCAUCUCUCCCCAUCUGUUACCUCCCCUCCCUGGCUCCAGGCUGGGGGAGGGAAAGCCUAACAGGGGUCCAGCCUGAAGUCCUGCCCUCUCAACUGUCUGGGAAGGAGGUAGCACCUUUUUGGGGAAACAGGUUAGGAAUAAAGACAUGGUCUUGGGUGGGGGGAAGAUAACAGUAAAGGAAUU